AUGUCUCUGAUAAAGGAAGGUGACUUCGAGGAACUGGUUCCCGAGGCUCUCAACGUAUUUACUCUACCGCCCUAUCAGUCGUCAGUCCAGAGCCAUUACUUUAUUCAAAAUAGACCGAUAAGCCAAAUCAACGACACGACCCCGCUGGAGUUUAAAGUGUCCAAUUCCGGAGCCGACUACAUCGACCUGAAACGCACCCGUCUUCACCUCAAGGUCAAAGUCACUCAAGCCGACGGGAAUACGGACUUGGCUGCGGAGGAAAACGUGGCUCCGGUGAACUUGUUUAUGCAGACGUUGUUUUCCCAGGUGUCGGUCUACUUGCAGAACGAGUUGGUGUCGUCGACCAACAACUAUUAUCCCUAUAAGAGUAUGAUGAAAGCGCUGCUCGGCUACGGUGCAGAAGCCAAACAAACCCAGCUGACCACGCAACUGUUCUACAAGGACUAUGCUGAGAGCGACCGCGACCUGGAAAGCAGCGAUGUCACGGGAUCCCUCAACAGUGGAAUGAUGACACGCGCUGGUUUCAUAGAGCAAAGCAAAGAACUGACCCUGUGCGGUCCCCCUCUUCGAAGACGUCUUCAAAAUGAAUCGUCACCUGGUCAACGGGGUGGACAUGACCGUGAAAAUACUUCCAACGCGUAUCCCUAUGUCAAAAGCGAGGUCAAGGUCACCAGCAUUCCGAGCACGGAGCAAAGUCACACCAUCGACAACCUCUCGAGUCCUGUGGCCAGCAGGUACAUCGUCGGACUGGUGGAAAGUGCCAGCCUGAAUUCUAGCCUUACUGGGAACCCAUUCAACUUCAAGUCGUCCAUGGUGAAAAAGAUCACGCUGUCCAUCGAUGGGAACAGUGUGCCCGGUCAGCCGACAGAGGCAGACGAUAUCGCCACUUACGUCAGCAUGCUAGAUGGAAUGGGACUGUGGAACGAAGACAAAGGAAACCAUAUCACCAGAAGCGAGUUUCUGUUGGGAAACGCCCUCUUUGUCUUUGACCUGGACAAGAUUUGCAGUGAUUCGGAGUACCUCAACUUGGUGAAAUCUGGAGAUGUGAAACUACAUCUGGAGUUUAAAGCUGCUCUCACCUCCACUCUGAGUUGCAUCGUCCUGUCUCAGCGAAAUUCCCUCAUCGAGAUUGAUCAGGCUCGCAACGUCUUUGUCAAGUAG